UACGUUCUUUUCGGUUGUUCUCUCUCACCGAAAGGGCUUUGCUUCUGCCACUAGUCUAUACCGGGCCGCUCUUCGAUACCGCAUCAUGGCACUUCCUAAGGUUUUCUUCGAUGUCGCCGUGAACGACGAGCCUAUUGGCCGCAUUAUUAUAGAGGUGAGAUCAGAUGUCGUCCCUAAGACAGCAGAUAACUUCAUUCAGUUGUGCACUGGGGAAAAAGGAUUUGGCUACAAGGGAUCCACCUUCCACAGAAUCAUCCCAAACUUCAUGUGCCAGGGAGGAGACUUCACUCAUCACAAUGGAACCGGAGGAAAGUCCAUCUUUGGAGCCAAGUUUCCUGAUGAGAACUUCACCCUGAAGCACACCGGACCUGGUAUCUUGUCUAUGGCCAAUGCUGGACCUAACACAAAUGGUUCCCAGUUCUUCGUCUGCACUGCUAAAACUGAAUGGCUGGACGGAAAGCACGUGGUGUUCGGCAAAGUCGUUGAAGGCUACGAAGUUGUAAAGAAAAUGGAGACUUACGGCCACAACAGUGGGAAAACAACAAAGAAAGUCAUCAUUGCCAACUGUGGUAGACUUUAAAGGAACUUCUUGUCACUUGUCUUAACAUUACAAGCAUUCCUUAUUCUUGACUGCUUCGGAUUCAUUCGGUUAUAAAAUGAGGCUUUGUGGACUGCUGGAGCAUAACAUUACACACUGUAACAUCUUUUGAUUUUUUUUUUUUGUUCAUUUUUCCAUAAGUCGUGGUCUGCAGAUCACCAUCAGAUUAAAUAAAAAAAAAAAUACUGAAA